ACCAAGGUUUGCCUUUCUAAAGGCUUUCCUGCUGGACAAGGAUCAGUUGGCCACCAUCACGGUGUCGCCGUACUUCGAGGAGCUUUCGGAAAACAAAGAAAAGGAGACCUUUGAAGAGUUGCCAUUGGCGCUCAUCAAAGAAAAGUACGAGCACUUACCUGGGGGACCAAAGCUGAUCGCCGACAUUCUCGCGAUUUAUAAAAUCUUCAAGAAUGUGGCUACAAGCAGCGCCAACAUCCACAGAGUGGGCAGCAAAACAACAGGAACAAAGACAGCGUCGACGAACAAGGCGGAGCGCACCGCCAUUGCGGAGGCGAUCGAGGGAAAGGUUGCCGACAUGACAAAGAUGAUAACGGGCUCGGCAAGCGGUGCCAAAGGCAAAGGCCGUGGAAACGGAAAGAGUAAGGGGAAGAAGGAACUGACCGCGGAGGAGGCUGAAGCCAAGGCCUUUCAGAAAGACUUGCA